CUCAUCAACAUUUUUGGAGUGUGCACUAUGAAAUGCCUGAAUAUUAGCUGCUUUAUUCUGACUGUUUAGUUGACUUUUUGAUGAUCAACAAGCACAAUGAGGUACGCCCCUUGGGUUGAAGCUUUAGUUGUAACAGAGAGUCAAAAAACGCGAGUGCAAGGGAGGGCUAAGGCUGCCCUAAUUUUUGUCAUACGACAAAAGCAACUGGAGAUUUACUGUACAACAAAAGGGAUUGGAGAUGGAUUGGGCGUAGUUAUUGCUGAAUCAUGCAAACCAGACAACAACAACGUAGGCUGUCCAGCCCACAACGGCUAUGUCUCCACCGUACAAGACUCUCACCCUCCGCCUAUCAAAGCCUCCUCCGACGCCACCCUCGGCCGCCACCUCGCUCACCGACUGGUUGAGAUUGGCGUCAACGACGUCUUCUCCGUUCCUGGUGACUUCAACCUCACUCUACUUGAUCACCUUAUUGCUGAGCCCGGGCUUAACAACAUUGGCUGCUGCAAUGAACUCAAUGCAGGCUAUGCAGCCGAUGGGUAUGCCCGGGCUCGCGGCGUCGGGGCAUGUGUUGUCACAUUUACGGUUGGUGGACUCAGUGUGCUCAAUGCUAUUGCUGGUGCUUAUAGUGAAAAUCUUCCGGUUAUAUGCGUGGUGGGAGGGCCUAAUACCAAUGAUUAUGGGACUAAUAGGAUUUUGCACCACACUACUGGAUUGCCAGAUUUUAGCCAAGAAUUGAGGUGUUUUCAGACUGUUACGUGCCAUCAGGCUGUUGUUAACAACUUGGAAGAUGCACAUGAACAAAUCGACACUGCCAUAUCAACCGCCCUCAAAGAAAGCAAGCCUGUGUAUAUCAGCAUUAGCUGCAACUUACCUGCCAUUCCUCAUGCCACCUUCAUCAGAGAACCCAUCCCAUUCGCUCUCUCACCCCGACUAAGCAAUAAGAUUGGACUACAAGCAGCCGUGGAGGCAACAGCCGCCUUCUUGAACAAGGCGGUGAAGCCAGUGAUGGUGGGCGGUCCUAAACUCCGCGUUGCAAAGGCCUGCAAUGCAUUUGUGGAACUAGCUGAUGCUUGUGGCUAUGCCCUUGCAGCGAUGCCAUCAGCCAAAGGACUAGUCCCUGAGCACCACCCCAACUUCAUUGGGACUUACUGGGGGGCUGUGGGCACUGCCUUCUGUGCUGAGAUUGUUGAAUCAGCCGAUGCCUACAUUUUUGCUGGCCCAAUUUUCAACGACUACAGCUCGGUUGGGUACUCCCUCUUGCUCAAGAAGGAGAAGGCGAUCAUCGUUCAACAGGAUAGAGUCGUGAUCGCCAAUGGCCCUGCUUUCGGGUGUGUAUUGAUGAAGGAUUUUCUAAGCGAAUUAGCAAAGAAGCUGAAACGAAACACGACUGCUUAUGAAAACUAUCGUCGAAUCUAUGUUCCUGAAGGGUUGCCUCUCAAAUGCGAGCCCAGUGAGCCUUUGAGGGUUAAUGUUCUGUUCCAGCAUAUACAGAGGAUGCUUUCAAAUGAAACUGCUGUGAUUGCUGAGACUGGGGACUCCUGGUUUAACUGCCAAAAGCUAAAAUUGCCUGAGGGAUGUGGGUAUGAAUUUCAAAUGCAGUAUGGUUCCAUUGGGUGGUCUGUUGGUGCUACACUGGGCUAUGCUCAGUCAAAACCAGAUAAACGAGUGAUUGCUUGCAUUGGGGAUGGGAGUUUCCAGGUGACUGCACAAGAUGUGUCUACGAUGAUUCGGAAUGGGCAAAAGACCAUCAUUUUCCUGAUCAACAAUGGCGGAUACACCAUUGAGGUUGAAAUCCACGACGGGCCAUACAAUGUGAUUAAGAAUUGGAACUACACCGGGAUGGUGGAUGCUAUCCACAAUGGCGAAGGGAAGUGCUGGACAAUGAAGGUGAGUACUGAAGAAGAACUUACUGAAGCAAUUGCAACAGCAACGGUGGAGAAAAAAGAUUGUUUGUGUUUCAUUGAAGUGAUUGUUCACAAGGAUGAUACCAGCAAAGAGCUGCUUGAAUGGGGAUCCAGAGUCUCUUCUGCCAAUAGCCGUCCACCAAAUCCUCAGUAA